AUGGCAAUUGAGGCGUCGCGAAGUCGAGAUGUGACUGAAACGGAAGCCGGACAGCGCUCCGUCCCGGAUUUCUCGACAUUGGCUGAAGCGUGUGUGCUAAGUGGCGGCUCGGCGGAGAUGCACACCGAAAGGGAGUCCCUGCCAUUGAUGGGACGAGCUCCAAGCCUCAGGCUCGACUUGAAUCACCUGCACCUUCUUAAUAUAGUCCAGAGCACGUUCCGGACCACGCCCCCGGGCAUCCCCCGGGCAUGCGAGACAGCACCGUCGGACAGCGGUGUCAUCGUCAACGUCAACGCCAACACUGCUACUAGCCGUUCCAAAGCUAACAGCGAACGCCUCAACAACAGAUCCUCGAAUCGGACACAAGGUUGGCUGGCCUGGUCCUGCACGGACACUCCUACCACCGGCGAUACUGGCAGCCAGCGCUCGUGGCCGUGA